UAGCAAUUUUAGCAUAGGUAACAUUUUAAAGUAUCACUUUUAAAAUAGGUAGCAUUUUAUGGUAACACAAAUAUAGAUGUUACCUUAUUUUUUGGAAAAACAAAAUAAAUAAAACAUUUAAAUAAAAAAAUACAAGUGUUAAUCCCAAAACUUAUACCAAUUCAUUAAAAUAGGCAAUUAGCCGCCAAAGUUAAUAGAAAAUUUGGGCCAAAAACGCCAGAUUAAUAAAAAAAACAAGAAGAAAAAAAUAUUGCAAUCUCUCAAAAAAAAAAUUCAACUUCAUUCCCAGUUCAACAGUGCCCUAGCAACGAUAGGUAAUCAAUUAGGUUUAAGCAAAAAUCUAUAAUUCCAUCUCCAUAAUUUCAUCAGAAUCUCGCGCAAUUUCAUCUGAAGUUUCGUCAGAUAAUCAGUUCGUCUCGCGCAAUUUCAUCUGAAAUCAAGUCAUCUCGAGCAAUUUAAUCGUGAUAUUGGGUUUCAUUGUAUUCGUGCUUCUAAUUUCAGUUUUGAGCUAUGUGGUAUCUUGGUGCUCCGGUGCUUUUAGGUGCUUUUUCUGUGCUCAAGUGCUCAGGAAGAAAGAUUUAGAUGGAAGAAUAUGAGAAACUUAGAUAAAAAAAUAUAGAACAAAAUAGAAUCAGGAUGAAGGAUUUAGGGGUUACAUCCAUGGCUUAUGAAAUGAAACAGUCGAUGAAGGGAUCGAAACAAACGAAAAAAAGGAAGAAGGUGACUAAAGAUACUGACGAGUAUACACCUGAUGAAGAGGGUGAACUGAACCACUCAAGUGAAGAGGAUGAAAAUGAGAUAAGGAAAAAUGCUGUAAACUUAAGAUCUCGUUCAAAGAAGGUUGUGGCAUUGAGAGGGAAGAUAACCACAAACACUAAGGACACGGCAUGUGUCUCUUCAUUACCAAUGGCUAAUCAAAUUAAGAUGCAUCUUCAAGACACCGAGAGACAACACUCAGAUCAAGGAUUACAAGGGAGAGAUUCAGCACAAAGAAAAAUCCAAUUGGGCAAGUCUACUGCACAGAGAAAAUCAGGAAUCCAUAAUCAGCAAGAGAAAGAGGUUGGGAUUGGGAAUGGUAUCCAAACUAAGACAGGGCAGAGUAAGACAGUGGUUGCCCCUGGUUCACUCAGUGCUUAUAGGCAAAUGCAAACACAAUUACGUGAAAAAGAGAGGAGAGCAAAACAAAGUGAUUUAUUACUCCGACGACAACUACGACCUGUUAACUUGACUAGUUCACAGCCUGUUAACAUGGCUAGUUCAGAUUGGCAUUUAGGGAGUUCACAAGCACAAAGUUUUUCACAACCACAAAGAUUUGGACAUGACUUACAGGAAGAUUAUGAGAAUCAUAUGGGUUCAAAUGAACGCAUUUUGGAACAAUAUGACGAUGAAGAAGAUGCUUUUAGUGAGGUUUUGAGUACUCUUACCCCUGAGGAGCUAGGAAUAAUGCAAGAUGUACCACUAAUGAAUCAAGAGCAAGAAAGUGAACAAAUAGCACCUCCAAAAACUAAGUGAACUAGAGGACCAACUAUGUGUAAAGAUGUCCAUGAACGGACAUUAGAGGAGCGUAAGCCUAUUGUUCUUAAUGAAAUGGGAAAGCCUAUUGGUCCCGAUGAUAAGACUGUGAAUACAUUUACAAGAUUCUUAGGGACUUUAGCUCGUAAUUCUUCUCUAGCACCGUUGAACAAGAUUAGUUGGCAUUAUGUUCCAGACAAGGAACAAAUUUGGAGUUACGUGAAG